AUGUGGAGUCGUUCUGGUGUCCAGCAGAUGCACUGGAGCUUCACCGGCGAACCUACCCGGACACCCUGUUCGGGGACAACGGAGUGGGAUAGCGACGAUUCCGACAGCACAAACAGCCAGGUGUUGCAGGCUUGCCGUUCCAUGGUGGAGGUCCAGGAAGAGGCUACGCCUGGACCAAGACCGAAGAAGGAUCAUGGGCUUCCGAGGGGAUUUCAACUCUGUGAGCAGCGCCAGCGCGAUGCCAUGGAUGUCGUCGGACGUGAGCCUGCCAUGCCGGUGUCGUCUGGGCGAUCGGAAGAGUGUCCAUCUUGCGACCUCCUCACCGGCCCUGUGACGGUGCGGAUUCUUGCUGGGCCACGGCUGACAUGGUCGCCAGGGGUAAACCCCUGUAAGUUCUGA